AAGCGUUGGAUUAUUGUUAUUAUUUUUUUCCUUACAGAUUCGGCACUUUAGGCAACAAGAGGGCUCCUCCAAUAGUCAUGCCGUGCAACAGGGAGAAGUGUCUUCGUCGAAUCCUAACAUACUGUCCAACGAUCAAGUUGGCCCUAUCUUACUUGAGGCGCUAGACGGCUUUCUAUUCGUUGUAAAUACGGAAGGCCGCGUGGAGUACGUUACGGAAAACAUAACGCAGUACAUAAACUACACGAAGGACGAUGUACUGGGAAAGGAUAUUUACAACAUUAUUCAUCAUGGAGAUCACAACACCUUCAUGCCUAGUUUGCUACCCUUGUCGUCUUUAGGCUGGACCAGCGAGCCACAGCCUCAGACCAGGAAUCGCACCUUCAAUUGUCGCUUCUUGGUGAAGCCACCCGACGAUAAAGACGAGACUGUGGAAGAAAAGCAACAGCGAGUAUCGAAGUACGAGUCUAUGCAAAUCUGUUCUGCUCUUCUGCCCGAUCGUCUCGAAAGCGGUGAUGUAUCCGAAUCGUCGGACAUUGGUCCUUAUGUUAUGUGCGUAGCGCGUAGAAUCCCGCCGAAUGAGAAGCCCAUUACUACUUCUAUUGAGCAAUUCACCGUCAGAUUGGAUACCACCUGGAAGAUUAUCGCGGUCGACAACAGUUGGUUAUCCGAGGCUUACUCCAAGUACCUAAACAAGGACCUGGUAGGCACAAUAUUUAAGGAUUUGUGCCACCCUCUUGAUCUCAAUACGCUCACGAAACAUUUGAGCGAUACGCUCCAAACCGGAGAAAGUACGAGCGAUGUGUACCGAUUGCGCAUUAGUCCUGAUAAGUUCCUUAAGGUUCAAACAAAGUCUAAAUUUUUCAAGGCGAGUUUGAUGAAUGCGCACGAAAUCGACUUCAUGAUGGCAACUAAUUCCAUCAUCAGGGACAAUGACUUAAUGCCUCUCGAGGGUGGUCAGCUUUCCAACAACAAAUUGUGCUCAGGACACUCUAGCAACCGUUGUGCGAAUAAUAGUAAUAAUAAUAACGGUAACAAUAACAAUAACGUGGGUGGCCCGCUGAUGUCCGUCGCGCAUUUGAACGGUCAAGUGAGUGGUAUCAGUGCUCGCGGUAUGGCGACAACGGCCGCCACCUCGUCGAACUCGAUCGCCUUUAGCACGGGGGCGGCUGCCGGCGGCGGCGGUGGUGGUGGUGGCGGCGGCGGUGGCGGUAACAGUGACUCGUGCAACCCCUUAACGUCGCUGAGCACGUCGGUCGGCAAUUCGUUCAACCACUUUCCGGGAAACAUGGACCUCGGGAACAUGGAAUUCCAUGAGCUCUUCCCCAGUUCCACGUGGGACUUGGAUAGUAGCGCCGGGUGGACGGAUAGGCCGGAGUCGAGAGCGAGCGGGCCACCAAACUCACGACCACCUUCCCAGCCAUCCCCGACAUCACCGAGCCCGCAGGGAACCUUCUCUAAUUCGACGUUAAUACCUAUGGGCAGUCUUAGCCCAAGUACGAUCCCUCCCACCUUCAGUAAUUCGUUCCCCUUCAGCCCCCUUCAGGAGACCACGCAGACGGCCACGUUGAGCAAUGCUGCCAGUAGCGUCAACACAAACGGCAGCGGCGGCGCCGCCGGUGGUAGCGGUAUCAGCAGCGGCGUCGGUGGCGUCGGCAGUAACACCGCCACGACGACUGUUAAACGGACGGAGGAGAGCAACAAGAGCGGAUGUCCUACUAGCAACAGUGGUGGCGGUAGUGCCAUGGACAGUGCGACUACGAGAACCAGCAACACUGCCGUCACCUCCAUCGAGACUCAGAACAACAGUGUAGUGUCCACCGAGUCCGGUAGGCUCAGAAACUUACUGACGAAGGGCCCGAGCACUAGUGAGGAUAGCCAGGACAAUUCGAACAACGAUUCGGAUAAUAAUCAUAAGCAUCGGAUAUUGAAGAUUCUGUUGAACCAGCAGGACGAAGACGAUUAUCAUUCGGAGCAUAAAGUGCGUACGAGCCCGAGCAACAUGCCAAGGCCGAGCAUGGAGCACUCCAAAUCGUCGCUCGGAAACAACAUGUUAUUGCAGUUAUUAAACGAGAAAAAUGACGACGAGGACGAAGAGGCACGUGCCGGGAUGAAGAAGAAAAAUGAGCUCCUGCAACAGCUGAUGAAAGAUCAAGACGAAGAGAGAAAGUUACAGGAACAACAGAGUCGAGAAGAUGAUCCUCUUUUGCGGAGUCUUGGAUUUAAUACUACUCCAUCUCCGUCGCAAUCAGGUGAUCACAUGAGUCUGAACACGACGCAGGUAGGUCAGAAGAGACCGGGAGAGGAUGGCGACUUAAACAUAGCCGUGAAACGGCCUGUGGACGGGUCGCAUCAGGUGUCUUCUUCGGGAACGAGCUCCUCGAAUAAUGCAACGAGUAAGAGUUCUCCGCUAUGGGAGAAAAACAAAAUGUUGGCGUCCUUAUUAGCGAAACAGCCGCGGCAAACAACGCCGAGUAUCCCGAUUCCCGCGUCUGUGAUAUCGGCAACGCCACAGGACAAGCUGCCUCGGUUAAAACAACAACAACAGCAGCAGCAACAGCAGCAGCAGCAGCAACAACAGCAGCAGCAGCAACAACAGCAACAACAACAGCAGCAGCAGCAACAGCAGCCGCAACAGCAACAGUCGCAACAACAACAGCAGCCUUGGACCGGUGGCAAUUUGCAAGUUGGUGGUAAUAAUGCGAUUACGACGACCGCGACGUCGGCGCGUCCUCUCCAAAUCCAGUCGAGACAACUACCUCGUCAAGCAACCAAUUCCUACCUCAGUCAUAUGCUAAGUCAGCAACAAAGGCCCCAAAUGGGACCAAUCGAGUCCGAGUUUGCGGGUAGCGGAGAAUACCGUCAGACUAGCAACGAUCCAACCUGGGAUAAUCAGUCAUCGGAUCCGGAUCUCUCGGAAAUUUUGGAUCAAGUUAUUGAAUUUGUCCCGGACGAAGCUAUCACAAGAACAAUCAGUUUUUUGCGGGGAAUAAUAAUGCAGCCAAUCAUGUGUGGCAGCGAAAAUGCUAUCGAAGUGCCGGAGAGCAAUGUCAUGAACGAGUCAAUGGCAAUUAGCGCUAUUCAGAAGUCGUUGAUGUUGUGCGAGAGUGUCGUGAAUUCGACAUCUUCCAGCAUGACUAUGUCUAACACACCACCAGCCUAUUCCACUGCGUUGGGAACCACGCCUGUGACGACAAGUCACAGUUACCAGCCACCUCCUAUGUACCAACAGACCAGGAUGAGGUUUAAUUCCCAACCAGGCAUUAGACAAACCAGCCAAUUUACGCAGUUGCAGUUACAACAACAGCAACAGCGUUCUAAGCUUAUAGCUCAGCAACAGCAGCAGCAGCAGAAGCAACGAUUAUUGCAACAGCAGCAGCAACAGCAGAUGCUUAUCCCAUCGAAUGCUACUGCGACGGAUCAAAUUAGCAGUGGCCUUAACAUCGACAACCUUUUGAACAAUACCGUUGCGCCGCCGAAUGUGUCGUUGCAGCGAUCGAGUGUCCCAGAUUCACAAGUUUCUCCAGGCUAUGGGGCCUCCGUCCAGAUGGCUUCUGGUCACCGACUCGCUCAUUCGUAUUCUCAUCCAUCGACGAUACCACAGCACCAUAUUGUGAAUAACAAUUUCAACAGUGGUCAACAAGUGUCUGCCGCGGCGAGGCUUUCGCCACAUUCUCCGGCCGGUAUAUUGUCGUUCUCUCAUCCGCAACCAUUAUCCCCACGGGUGGCACAAGGCAAUUACGGCAACACACCGAGAUUAUUCAACGUGAACCAGGUGAGGCCGCAACAGCAGGUCACGGCGCAACAACAGUUACAACAGCAACAACAAAGAUCGAUGCCUUCGCCGGGGACGGCAGCCUCCGCCAGGCAAUCCCCGUUUCCUGCCGAAGCGUUUCCUCCACCGACGUCGCCUACGGCUAGCCAGUUCCCACCGGGUCCCAAUACUGGUGCACCAAAUCCGUCGGCCCAGUAUCGACUGCAACGAACCACGUCUACACCUUCUGCUACGACUCAGUUGCCAGGUGGGAUUGGCUCGCCUCGGCACUACGGCGGCGUGAGUAAGGAACAACCUCUUCUUUCACCUAGUCAUUCACACUCGGCUUGUCCGGGAACACCUACCCAUAAUCAACAUAACGCCACCAAUACACAACACUUCUCGAGCCAACAACAUACCCCCAUGCUAUAUCAACACACCAACGCAAACACUAUCAACACGGCAGACAUGCAGAACAGUCAGUUCUGUUACGAUCGGUCGUCAGUACCGCUCUAUCCGUCUGGCGGGGAGGCGCAAGAUGCCAGGUCACUGCCUUCCGGUAAUCCCGUCAAUCACCAAAUGGGUGGUAACGCUACCUCGGAGUUCGUGCGGCAGGAAUUGAGGGCGAUUGUCGGCGCGCGAACACAGCAGCAACAGCAGCAGCAGCAACAACGAGUGCCCAACAACCUACAGAAUAAUCUUUCUGGUCAAGUUUCUCAAGUUUCUCAGGACGAUCUUGAAGCGCUUGGUCUGACAUUCGAGAUGCCUUCUGCAGGUGAGGCUGUGGUUAGCGAUGGCCCCGCCAAGAUCUGGGGGAGCGCCGGAAGUGCCCCCUCGUCCUCCAGGAUUACUAUGGAGGAGGCACGAGGUGAUCCGACGAAAUCGUCGUUGCUGCAGAAGCUGCUACAGUCCGAGUGACUGCGGGCCACCAUCCCGUCAUGCAGUAAAGAGUUAUAUGUAAUAUAUUUUUGAGUGUGCGGAGAGCGGAACGGAGAUAUAUAGGACGUAAAAAACGCGGAAAGAGAGCGAGGGUGUGAAAGGGAGAAAAUGCGCGAGAGAUAGAGAGAAAAUAAGAGAAAGAGAGUUACAAAAUGCAUAUACACUUAUACGUAAUGGAUACUAUUGUAUUAUAUGUAACGUCACACACGGAGUCAGUAUUCAUAUACGUAUCACCAAAUACAAUGCAAAACUAGCGCGCGGUGCUCUCUAGAAUGUUGCCCGUCGAUCAGUCGAGGAAAAAGAGACGAGAGAACGAGAACGAGAGAGAGA